AUGUCGCAACAGCGAAAGGAAAGGUCGGCUUCGCCAUCGACAUCUUCCAAAGUGUUCCCCAACAAGCGCAAUCGUUGCGACAAUCGGAGCACUCCGACCGACUCUGAAGGAGCGUCGUGCUCAGCAGCUUUGUUGAAAACACAAGUGCUUGAAGCUUUUGGCUCGUUCCGAGAUGAGAUCGACGCUCACAACGACUGUCGCGAGCGGCUCAUCAAGUCGUCUCGCGAUGUGACGGCUAUGUCCAAAAAGGUCAUCUUCCUCUUACAUCGAUUUGAUAUCAGUGACUUUGCAUCGAGCGAGACAUCUAGCAAGACGAAGCAGCUCUUUUCUGAAGCCGAGACCAAGUUGCAAGAGAUCAUCUCGCUUUUACGCCAAGCUGCUUUGUCAGAAGGUCUUGGCCCGCUGGAGGUAUCAUCAGCAAAACCCGACGUAUCGACAAGGCGACUUCGAGCUCAGCGAUACGAGCGCAACAUCGGUGCAGGUCUCGAAGAAUUCAUCGAGGCCAUCUCCUUCUAUCACUACUUGCGUACUCAACGGCUCAUUACGCUGCGUCAGAUUCAGGAUCGAUUCCUGGUCGAGUCCAUUCCAGAAUCGCACUUCUAUCUCGAACAUGAGCCACGUACAUCAACCUCUCCUGCCCGCCCAAUAGCUGCAGCGACGUCGCAAGACAGUUUUGCCAUGCACAUUCCUGCACAUCGAUACCUUCUCGGACUCUCCGAUCUCACAGGCGAGCUUAUGCGCUUCGCCACCAACGCCGUCGGCCAAGGCGACACAGGCAUUGUAGUCAAACAAGUGCUCGCCCUGACUCGGCAGCUCCGAAACGCCCUCGAUCCUUUUGUACCGCUCUUGCGUGAUCUCGGCAAAAAGCAGACCGUCACCAAUCAGAGUCUCCAAAAGAUCGAAGACAUCCUGUACGCAAUCACCGUCCGCUCAGCAGAAUUCGGCUCGGACCCACAAGCCCUUCGUGAAAUGGUGCGCAGGACUCUUGCCUCCUCGUCAGCAUCCAACGCUCGCAACGCUCGUGAUGGCGAAGAGUGA